AGAUCGGAAUGCUAUCUGCGUUGCCAUUGGUCAGAUCGGUCUCUUGAUUUUUAAGUGGAUCAAACAUGGCCGCCCCCAUCCGGCUCCUUGCUCGUUUAGCAGCGCCUCAUUGGACCUGCAUCAGGACCAACUACACAGCAACCAGGCCAAAUCUUAUGAUCAAUGCCAAUACCAAAGUAAUUUGUCAAGGAUUCACUGGAAAGCAGGGAACUUUCCACAGUCAGCAAGCAAUCGAGUAUGGCACCAACAUGGUCGGCGGCGUUUCGCCCGGCAAAGGUGGAAAGACGCACCUCAACUUGCCAGUUUUCAACAGUGUCAAAGAGGCCAAGGACUCAACUGGAGCUGAUGCCACCGUAAUUUAUGUUCCUCCACCUGGAGCUGCGAAAGCGAUCGAGGAAGCAAUCGACUCCGAAAUUCCGCUAAUCGUCUGCAUCACAGAAGGUAUCCCCCAGCAAGAUAUGGUCAGGGUGAAGCACAAGUUGAUCAGGCAAGGCAAAAGCCGUCUCAUCGGCCCCAACUGCCCUGGCAUCAUUGCACCUGAACAAUGCAAAAUUGGAAUCAUGCCUGGACACAUUCAUCAGAGGGGUUGCAUUGGAAUUGUUUCCAGGUCAGGCACCCUCACCUAUGAGGCUGUGCACCAAACAACCCAAGUUGGUCUCGGCCAGACUUUGUGUGUCGGAAUUGGCGGCGAUCCAUUCAACGGAACCGACUUCAUCGACUGCCUAGAAGUGUUCCUUGCCGACCCUGAAACUAAGGGUAUCGUUCUUAUUGGAGAAAUUGGUGGUGUUGCCGAGGAAAGCGCGGCAGAUUAUUUGAUGAAGAACAACUCUGGUCCGAAUGCAAAGCCUGUCGUUUCUUUCAUUGCUGGACUCACGGCCCCUCCUGGUCGCAGGAUGGGACACGCAGGUGCUAUCAUUUCCGGUGGAAAGGGUGGUGCACAAGACAAGAUUGAUGCCCUUGAGAAGGCUGGUGUGCUGGUUACAAAGAGUCCUGCCCAAAUGGGCAACGUCCUCUUAAAAGAAAUGAAGCGAAGAGGCAUACAAUAGAAAAGCUCUCCCCGUCAACCAUUUCUGUAAAAUCGCUGAACUUCAACUUGCCAUUUCAUCCGCUGAAAUGUUUUUUGUUCACUUCGGAGAUGAGAUGGCACCAGGUUGUAAUUUAGCUAGAGGGAAAUACUUAAGUUGCUGUAAAAACUUGCACGGGUUGAAAUUUUGGCAACUGAAUAAUAUUAUUUAAGUAUGGAUUUGUUUAAAGAACCAUUAUUUCCCACUUUAAGAGAAUUUUCCUCCAGCUUAUUUUUACAACCAACUCGAAUGUGCUUCAAAAACACGCAACAGCUAUUUCCCAUUUUAACACAAUAUCGACAAACACAAACUAUCGCGCGUAAGUCUCAUGGUAAGCCCUAAAAUAACAUGUAGUGUUUGGUCAAUGUUAUCAUCUUAACCACUCGGAUUAUUUACUCUCAAUACCUUCCCAACCUUGUUGUGUCUCAGCAUAAAAAGAAAGGAAAUGGCAUUAUAAAAGACUUUGUUACUACACUUGGAAAUGAAUGAAAACUGCAAAUAAAAUCAAGCAGAAAUUAUUGUUAAUGUAAAGAA